CUCAUGUGUGUAGUGUGUUUAUCACGUGUCCAUAAAAGAAAGAACCUUCGCCGUCCACGCCAUCCAUGGCGUCUGCAGCCUCCAAAUCUAUAUAUAUGGGACAGCAAUGACACGUUUUUGAAUCACUCUUCUCCCCGCGCUGCCAAACUCACGUCAAUUUGCAGGCGAAAGGAGAGAAGAAGCACGGAAUCUAUUAGUAUUAAGAGAGAGAGAAAGGGGGGUUUAUUUUGGGCGAAGAAGAUGGAGAGUGAAGGAGGUGCGAGGAAAUUGAGAUUGCUAUGUCUCCAUGGAUUCCGAACCAGCGGCGAAAUUAUUAAGAAGCAGGUCACCGGAAAGUGGCCGGAAUCUGUGCUGGAAAAAUUGGAUCUCGUUUUCACCGACGCCCCUUUUCCUUGCCAAGGAAAAUCCGAUGUUGAAGGAAUCUUUGAUCCGCCUUAUUAUGAGUGGUUCCAAUUCAACAAGGAAUUCUCGGAAUAUGUGAACUUUGAUGAGUGUCUUGCUUAUAUAGAAGAUUUCAUGAUCAAGCAUGGCCCUUUUGAUGGUCUUCUUGGUUUUUCACAGGGUGCGAUUCUAUCGGCUGGACUAGCUGGAAUGCAAGCAAACGGCUUGGCUCUCACAAGAAUACCUAAGAUAAAACUUGUGGUGAUAAUCGGGGGCGCCAAAUUUAGAAAUCAAUCCGUGGUUGAAAAAGCUUAUUCUGCACCAAUUCAAUGCCGGUCUGUUCACUUUUUAGGGGACCAAGACUUUUUAAAGGAGCAUGGCACCGAGCUGCUCGACUCGUUCGUUGAUCCUUUGGUGAUCCGUCAUCCCAAGGGUCAUACCAUACCCAGAUUCGAUGAGAAAGGUUUGGAGAGCAUGCUUGGUUUUCUUGAGAAGAUGCAGAAGGAAGUUGCAGAAGAGAAACAAGAAAUUACUCUGGAAAAAGAUGAUCUGAUUGAGCUUUGAAAAUCCUAAUUUUUACCAAUUGAAACAAUUUCUACAUGUAUUAAACAUAUUUCCUUGUAGUAUCAUACACUAUAACUACGCCAAAUAAUGCUCUCAAAUAAUAUUUAGAAAUAGAUUUCUAGGCAA